AUUGCGAAACGCCGACGUUUCAUUGAUUCCAUAAUCGCAGGAGAUACAAAACCAUGGAGCUAGAGUCCCCAAAUGAAUCAAACAAAAUCUCAAUCCGAUUCCAAAGACUGAGCAUGUCUUUCGCCGCCGUCGUCCUCCUCCUCUUGCCGACGAUCGGCGCUGUUACCGCCGCACCGACGGCGUAUGAGAUGCUGGAGAGAUUUCGCUUUCCGGAGGGCCUUCUCCCUAAAGGAGUGACCAGCUACGAACUGGACCCGUCCAGCGGUAAAUUCCGCGCCGAUCUGAACGGUUCGUGCAGUUUCUCCCUCGAAGGUUCGUACCAAUUGAAUUACCAGAAAACCAUCACCGGCUACAUAUCCGACGGUAGGCUCACAGAACUGCACGGGAUAAGUGUGAAGGUCCUCUUCUUCUGGCUCAACAUUCUCCACGUCGUUCGCGUCGGCGACGACCUCGAUUUCUCCGUCGGCGUCGCUUCCGCUUCAUUUUCCCUUGAUAACUUCUUCGUCUCCCCGCAGUGCGGUUGCGGCUUGGAUUGCGGUGAUCUUCGAAUGAGGAAACUGAAACUGGGAAAAGGAAACCCCUCCCUUUCCACUGUGUAGAAAUUCAAUUCAAUUCGCCUUUAAUUAUGAUCAUUUGUGGACGCUGGUAUUGUAGUAUUACAUGUAUGUAUGAUAUCUUGCCUUAAAUGCUGGAUUUAUUAUUUUAGGUAUAUAUUAUUAUAUUACAUGCCAUGUUCAGUAUCACCGAUUUCGAUUUUCAUGACGACGAAGGACAUUAACCAUGAGUAAUCAAGAUAUUCUACAGGAUCACGUUUCUAAUGUUUGUGUAUGAGAGGGUGGUCGUGGAAUGCUCAAGCCGAGCCGAUUGUAGAGGUAUUUAUCUUCUGUAGCUUCUUUUUCGUUUUCUGUACAUUUGGUUCAGAUUGCGGGGAUUGGGAUGUUAUGGGGGGGAACUUGUUAAUGUGAUUGAUCAAUAAUGCUGAUAUGUUGUCUUGGCUUUUUGUUAUCACAAAAGCAACCAGGGUUUUCUGUCUAGUCAUUGUUGUUGGAAUGGUGAUGGUAUUAUUGCUGAUUAUUCCUGAAUGUGUGAGCAACACUUUGAGACCAAGGGGUGUGUCCUCAUUGGAUUAUUGUGUCUGAUUUUGUUUUUUUC